UCAGCUUGGUCUCCGUGAACGCCUCACUAUCUCACGUCACGUGGUUUAGAACCGCACCGUCUCCCACAAUCCUGCAUUCAAUAUGGCUGCGCCCUUGCAAUAGUGGCGUGUGUGUAAACAGUGCCCACAUUUCCCACUUUAGUAUUUUUGUUUUAAAAUUGGAAGAUCUAAGAACCCAAUACAACUAUUACACUUCAUUCCGGGGAAUAUCGUUAAUGAGAGAUCGAAAAUGAAGACAAAAUCGUCAUAUCACAAGUCUGAGAAUACUUUCAGGUUCCUCACGUUUUCGGAACGACUUGCCAAUGUAAAUAUUGAUGUUAUUCAUCGGAUUGACAGGACUGGCAGUUACUCUGAGGAAGUUGAAACAUAUGUUUUUGAAGGACUUACGAAAUGGAGGGACCUGAAUCUAACCGAACAUUUUGUGACGUUUUUCAAGGAAGUGUUCAACAAGUGCCAGUCUUUCAACCAGCUGGUUUUUCAUCAGAGUACGAUUGUGGAGAGCUUGAAGACACACCUCCAGGUCAAAGGCAGUCUAGCCUAUCAACCCCUGUUGGACCUGGUGGUUCUGCUGGCCAGAGAUCUGCAGACUGAUUUCUACCCUCAUUUCCGGGAAUUCUUUGUGAUUAUCACCUCCCUGCUGGAAACGCAAGACACAGAGCAGCUAGAAUGGGUCUUCACCUGCCUCUCGUAUCUGUACAAAUACCUGUGGAGGCUAAUGGUGAAGGAUAUAUCAGAGAUUUACAGUUUAUACAGUACACUGUUGGCCCACACAAGGGAGCACAUACGGAAUUUUGCUGCUGAAAGUUUUGCUUUCCUUAUGAGAAAGGUUCCAGAUCUGCACAGCCUCUUUAACUGCAUGUUUCUCGAUCUGGAGGAACACCCUGAGAAAGCAGAAGGUGUGGGGCAGCUGCUGUUUGAAAUGUGCAAAGGGGUCAGGAAUAUGUUCCAUUCAUGUGCCAGCAAGGCGUUUUCUGUUGCUCUUAAAAAACUGGGACCUGUUACAGAAAGAGAGGUGGAGCUGCCUUGGUCUACAGUGGGGGAGGUUCUUUGUCACAUGGCUGAAUCGUCCGCAUCUUACGUCUACGAAGAACACUUUGUAGUCCUUUGGGAUUGCUUACAGGCCUCUGUUUUGGAAGUGUUUCAAGAGCUGAAUAAUAAGAGUGAAUGUUCAGAACAAAUGAAACGCCUGCUGCACAUCUAUGUCCUCCUUAUAGAGCAUGGGAAAGGGUCAAUGGUCACAAAGCCAGAAACUGUUUGUGAGACAUUAAUUAAACUGUUUCAAGUUCCUCAGCUUUCAGUACCUUGCAAAGAGAAGCUGUUGCAAGUGACCUCUUCUCUCUUCCUGGCUAACAAUGUGUCCUUGCCUGGUACUUUGAUAGAGGAAACCAUUAAAAAGGUUUUUAGAAGUGGAAUGGACCACGAUUUAAUUUUGCCUUUUGCAGAGGAUCUCUUCAAUAUGAAUCGGUUUGAACAGCUGUUCCUCCCCAGUCUCCUGCAGUAUUUAGAGCAGAUUUUGGGGAUGGAUGACCCAAUUGCUCAACAGCUGGCUCUGGAGAUUCUCACCAAGCUGAUCCUGGAUAAAGCUGAACCACCAACUGAUGGAUCAAUGGCCUUCGAAAAAUACCCUCUGAUCUUCACAGGGCAGUCCUUCAACCUUGCUGUAAAGAAGCAGAGGAGCCAGAAAUGUGUGAAUAAAGAAGCCCAGAUGUCUGUGUUGGAACAUUUUUUAUCCUUAAUUCAAGUUCCAAGUGGGGAGACUUUCACUGACCUGUCACACCCAUGGGCAGCCCUGGUAGUCCUUCCUCAUAUCAGGCCAAUGGACAUGGAGAAAGUGAUGCCCCACCUUACGUCUUUGAUUGAUCAACUGUUAAAUGCUAUUGACAACAGAACACUGGGGAAAGGAGGCCUCUUUGUAGCCAGGCAAGCUCUGAGCACCCUGUUGAGUUUCAGUGAGUCGGCUGAAAUCCUCACUCUGUUUUCGGUGGAACGUGUGAGGAACAUUGUGAAGAAUUUCCCCUCGGACCCCUCAUCUCUUCUGCUGGCAGACCUGUACUACACCAGACUUGCACUGAACGGCUGCACAGAGCACCUCUCCCAGGAAGCCAUGCUUGAGUUAUAUGACAAACUCCACCCCAACCUCUCAUCAAACAUAUCCAAGAUUCGACUGCUGACUUUGAGAAUUCUUAGUCACUUUGAAGUUGAGCUUCCCAAGAAGCCAGAGGAUGAUGAAAGCACAGAAAUGCAGUCAGUAUUCACAAUUUCACUUCAAGCGGAGUUGGUCCCAGCAACUGUCCACGACUACAGAGAAAAGCUGCUACACCUGCGUAAACUGAGGCAUGAUCUGGUGCAGGCUGCUCUACCCAAGGGCUCCUUUCAAGAGGUCCCUCUAAGUUACCUGAUUGGGAUGCUAUAUAUAAACUUCAGCCCUCUGUGGGACCCUGUGAUUGAGCUUUUAGUGUCUCAUGCAAAGGAAAUGGACAACAAAGAUUUCUGGAAAGUCUUCUAUGAGCAUUUAGAUAAGGUUGCAAUUUCAACAGAGAAAGAACUCCUGGAUGAACAUGAGGAUGUGCAAACUUCAGUCCUUGAUCAAGACCAUGACAAAGUGCAGAGUGGAGAUGUAGGUGUGCUGUACCUAGAGCAGCUGCAGUCAGCCACAGAGAUCGAUGAGAGGACUGACUUUACCAACUUCAGGUUUCUGCUGUGGAAGGCUAUGGCCUUGUUCCCAGACAGAGUGGAGCCUCGCUCAAGAGAACUUUCACCUCUGCUGCUCAGGUUCAUUAACAAUGAAUACUACCCAGCUGAUCUUCUGGUAGCCCCAACACAAGAUCUGAGGAAGAGGGACAAGACCCCUGAGGACCUGCCAGAGGAUGUGACUAUGGUGGAGGAAGAGGAAGAUGCAGCCCUAGCUGAGGAUGCAAAGCAAGCUGUAAAAAAGAGGCCAAGGAGGGCAGCCGCUAAGCAGCUGAUUGCCCAUCUGAAGGUUUUCUCUAAAUUUUCCAACCCACGUUCACUUUAUCUGGAACCAAAGCUGAAGGAGUUGUACACUCAGCUGCUGUGCCACCAGGACCAGGAAGUCCAGAAAAUUGCCUUAGAGUGUCUCAUGACUUAUAAAGAUCCACACCUGAUGCCUUACAAGGAAAACCUGCAGAGGCUGCUUGAUGAUAAACAUUUUAAAGAAGAAAUUGUUAAUUUUAACAUUUCUGAGGAGAACACAAUUGUGAAGGCCCCCCACAGACCCAGUCUCAUCCCUGUUCUUAUGAGGAUCCUUUAUGGACGCAUGAGGAGUAAAACCGGCAGUAAGACCCAGGGCAAAUCAGGAGCAGGGACUCGCAUGUCCAUCGUCCUGCGAUUCCUGGCUGGCUCUCUUCCGGAGGAGAUCGGGAUGUUCAUUGACCUUCUUCUUGAACCUGUCAAACACUACAGUCACGGGCUCUGUUUGGCUGCGGUACAACAAGCUAUGGAGCAGACAGACCUGUCCAGAGUCCUCCCAUUGGGUCGUCAGCACAGUCUCCUAAACAGCACUGAGGUUGUGAUUAAGAAGCUAGGCCACCUUAUGAGUCAGUACCUGCCUGAGGUUCUGCAGAUUCUCCUCUGUGUCACAGCAUCCGUCACUGUAGUUCUGGCGCAAAGGGAUAAGAUACAAACGGGAUGUAUCAGCCCUCUUAAAAACUUAAGGCGUCUUGGAAUCCUUCGAAUUCAAGAGUUCUUUGGUGGUUUCGAGUCUUAUAACUUUACAGCUGAGGAGAUAGAUGCAGUGUUCCAAGCAGUGAUAUGGCCACAGGUCAGCCGUCUUCCCACUGAGAGUCCUUAUGCUCCAACCCCAGUGCUGAAACUAAUCCAUGUCUGGAGUAAAAAUGCUAGGUUUUUUCCUUUACUGGCCAAGCAGAAGCCUGCUGAGCCAGCCUGUGACAUCCUCUUCAAUGUGUUUGCAUUGCUGUCAGCCAAGAAUGUCUCUCCGUCUACUGUCACUGUUGUGAUGGACAUAGCUGAAAACCUCCUCACCUUACCUGAUUUCAAAGCCACAGAAACCCUCACUGCCCUCACUGUGAACGGCUGUGUAAUUCCAGAGUCUGCAGAAGGCACAGAUAUUUCUGAAGAGUCCCUCAGUAUGGGCUCCAGGCUACUCCUCCCUCAUGUCCCAGCAGUGCUGCUGUAUCUCAGUGGGAUGGUGGGGAAUGCAGAGAGGAUGAAGAAGAAGAAAUACAGAGCCCAAGUCAGCAAGGAGCUCAACAUCCUUUCAAAGAUAAGCAAGUUUGUCCACGAUAAAGACCAGAGUUCUAUGCUUAUUGGUCUUCUGCUUCCUUAUCUCCACAAACCCAAUAUUGCACAGGAUGCAGAGAUUGAUAUCUUGGAGACUGCACAGAACUUGCUGAAGCACUGCACAAACCCCACGUCUUUCCUCAAACCUGUAGCCAGACUCUUCUCUGUCAUCCAGAACAAAGUCUCCCGGCAGACUCUCUGCACAGUGUUUAAGACUUUUUCUGAUUUGGACAGUGGAUUCAAAUACAUUACUGAUGUUGUAACUAAGCUGAAUGCAUAUGACCAAAGGCACCUGGAUGAAGUUCAUUUUGAUGUUCGCUUAACAGCUUUCCAGUCAGUUACUAGUUAUAUCAAAGAGAUGAAAAUUCUGGACAUGAAUUACCUCAUUACAAUAAUGCAGAACUGUUUCCAUUCUAUAGAGUUGGGUGAUAUGUCCCUCAGCGACAAUGCCACCUUGUGCCUGAUGGCUAUAGUCAAUCAGCUUGCUGUAGUUGACCAUACUGAAGAGGAGUACAGAGAAAUAAUACACAGGACACUGCUGGAAUCACUGAGGAAUGGGCUACGGAGUAAGACUGAGAGUGUUCAACAGGAAUACACAACAAUACUUUCCUGCUUGGUUCGAACGUUCCCAUCCAACCCUGAGUUCAAGGACUUGGUUCAGCUGACUGAUUACAAUGAUCUUGAAUCAGACUUCUUCGAACACAUGAAGCACAUACAGAUCCACAGACGAGCCCGUGCCUUAAGAAAAUUCGCUAAACAGCUUACGGAAGGAACAGUGCUUUUGUCUUCGAAAUCUCUCCAGAACUACAUUAUGCCAUAUGCUAUGACUGCACUCUUUGAUGAAAAAAUGUUCAAGUAUGAGAAUAUGACUUCAGCAUCAGUGGAAGUGGUCGGGGCUGUUUGCAAACAACUCUCGUGGUCAAAAUACAUGUACUACUUGAAACACUUUGUACAUGUGCUGCAGACUGGACAAAUUGAUCAGAAACUUGCUGUCAGUUUACUGGUAACUGUGUUGGACGCUUUCCAUUUCGACAAUGAAACUCUGGGGAAGGAACUUGCAGCUGCAAAAAUCAAGGAGAGUGAAAGUGCCAUGGAUGUUGAUCGGGAGGAGGAAAAUGAAGCAAUGGAGUCAGGCGACAGCGAUGUGGAGGAGGUCAUGGAGAUUGUAACAGAAGAUGCUGAGAAGCCGGAUGAGGGAACAGCCUCUCAGGGGGCUAAAGAAACCAAUGAAGAGGCUGUUUCUGCAGAGAAAGUUAAGAAGCCCUUUUCAGCACGCCCCAAAACCAAGGAUGAACUGGAAGCCCUUAUCCACCAAAUUCACAAAACUCUCACAGGAAGCGUCCUACCAAAGCUGCAGAAGUGCCUCACGGCAAAGAUCAAGCGAGAUGAAGAGCACAAGUUAGCAAAGUCCAAGGAAGUGAAUGAGGAAGAAGUGGUCAGAGUGCCGAUAGCAUUCGCCAUGGUCAAGUUAAUGCAGUCUCUCCCACAAGAGGUCAUGGAAGCAAACUUACCAAGCAUUUUUCUGAAAAUGUGUGUGCUGCUGAAAAAUCGCUUCCAGGAGAUCAGAGACGUCGCCCGCGACACCUUGAUCAAAAUCAUUGAAACCCUGGGCUCUUGCUACCUCCAGUACCUCUUGAAGGAGAUGCAGACGGUUUUAGUUAAAGGAUAUCAGGUUCACGUGCUAAAUUUCACAGUUUAUCUGCUGCUCAAGACUGUCACUGCUACAAUGAAGUCUGGAGACUUAGACCCUUGCAUGGAUAUUCUGGUGUCGAUCUUUAACUCUGAGCUGUUUGGUGACAUUGCUGAGGAGAAGGAAGUAAAAGGCAUUGUCUCCAAGGUGAUGGAAGCCAGGCACAGUAAAAGCUACGAUUCCUAUGAAAUACUGGCCCAGUUUGUAGGAAAGGAUCGAGUUACCCAACUCAUUUUACCUUUGAAAGAGAUCCUUGAGAACACCAACAGCCUGAAGAUCUCCCGUAAAGUGCACGAAACUCUGCGUCGUGUUGUUUCCGGGUUACUUCUUAACGAGGGAAUGACAGCACAGUCUGUUUUGUUACUAAGCCACGGACUCAUCAGUGAAAGUUUACCACUAUUGACUGAGAAAAACAAGGAGAAGCUGGCUGCAAAACCUGCUCCAGACCCUAGACUGCAGCCCCAAAGCUGCCUUCUGCUCCCAGUCACCCCUGUCCGGGGAGGGCAAAAAGCCCCUGUCAGCAGUAGGACCAACAUGCACAUUUUGGUGGACACAGGGCUAAGGUUGCUUCAUAUGAGCUUAAAAAGAUCCAAAAUAAAUUCUUCAGAAAGUUCUGUAUUGGAAAUGUUGGACCCCUUCGUAAAGCUGCUCAUUGACUGUCUUAAUUCCAUGCAUGUGAAGGUAAUCACUGAAGCACUGCAGUCAUUUACGUGGAUUCUGAAGUUCCCCCUUCCUGCAGUAGAUGAGAAUGCAGAGAAGCUGACCAAGCAGCUGUUUGUGUUGCUGAAGGACUAUGCAAAAGCUGGAGCAGCCACAGGAGAGAACUUUCAUCUAGUUGUCAACUGCUUCAGAUCUAUAACAAUGCUGGUGUUGUGCACAAAGAAUUACAAAAUCACAGAUAAGCAACUGCAAGUGCUGCUGGGAUACGCAGAGGAGGAUAUCUAUGAUCAGUCAAGGCAAGCUACAGCAUUCGGCCUUCUCAAGGCAAUUUUAUCGAGGAAGCUGGUUGUUCCAGAAAUGGAGGAUGUGAUGAAGAAGGUGGCUACAUUUUCCAUAACGGGUCAGAAUUAUCAAGUCCGAAUCCAGUGUCAACAGAUUUAUCUGAAGUACAUUUUGGACUAUCCUCUUGGAAACAAGCUGAAACCACACCUGGAGUUUAUAGUUUCACAGCUCAGCUAUGAAUAUGAAACUGGACGAGAGUCUGCUCUUGAAGUGAUGGCUCAUAUCUUUCAGACCUUCCCACAGGUCUUACUUCACCAGAAUUAUGGCCUGUUCUUUGUCCCCCUCAUGCUGAUGAUGACAAAUGAUGACUCACCCAAGUGCAAGAAGAUGGCAGCACUUGCAGCUAAAACCCUGCUCUGCAAAGUGAAUAAGGAGCACCAAGACGCCAUGUUCGCUUUAGUGAAUACCUGGCUCAAUGGCAAAAAGGUGUCUCAUCGGCGGUUAGGUGCCCAGGCCUGCGGCCUCUUUGUAGAAGCUGAAGGGAUUGAGUUCGACAGGCGGCUUGAGGCUCUUCUUCCUCUCAUUGAGAGUGAAAUCAACCCUGCCAAGUUUGAAGAUAUAGAGGAAGAGACAGAUGAAAAGGCUGCAGACAGGCUGCUGUUUAGUCUUCUAACUCUGAUUAUAAAACUCAUAAAGGAAUGUAACCUUUUGGAGCUCUUCAAGCACAGUGAGACCCUCAGCAAAAUCUGGAGCCACAUUUAUUCCCACUUGUGGUAUCCUCACACCUGGGUAUGGCUGACCUCAUCCCAGAUUUUCGGUUUGCUGUUCGCUGCACACAAGCCAGAGGACUUGGUGAGCAAAUGGAACACAAUGCAAGCAUCUGGAAACAAGAAGACUUCCUCUGAACCCACGGCCUUACAGUUCUUACUUAGUGGCCUGGACAAAAAGAUGAGAGAGCUGGUUUUAGCUUUCUGUCAUCAGCUGCAGUCUAAAUUCUUGGAUCAGUCAGUGGGAGAGCAGGUGAUAAAAAACUUGCUGUUUGUUGCCAAAGUGAUCUACCUGCUGGCUCCUGAUUCAGAAAGUACUGAAGGUGGGGGGCAGGAGAGUGACGAGGAAGCAGAGAGCGAGCAGGCAGUUAGUGAGAGACCCACAAGGCCACAGGAGGAGGAGGAGGAAGAGGAGGAGAAGGAGGAGGAGAAGGACAGGCCCGCUUCCCUUCUCUGGGUGAUGAAGAAGCUCUCUGUGCUGGCAAAGAGAGAGGCUGCCUACUCACCUAAAAUCCCCUUAAAGAGAACUUGCGUUUUGAAAUUCCUUGGAGCCAUCGCGGUUGAUCUUGGAAAGGAGAGAGUGGGCCCUUAUCUGCCUAUCAUCAUUACACCCCUCUAUAGGGAACUCAACAGUACUUAUGCAGAGCAAGAUCCAACUUUGAAGACUCUUUCCCAGGAAAUCAUUGAGCUGCUGAAGAAGCUUGUGGGUCUGGAGAGCUUCUCCUUGGCCUUUGCAGCUGUUCAGAAACAGGCCACACAAAAGAGAGCAAUCCGGAAACGACAAAAAGCUAUGCAGGCUGUUGCCAACCCUGCUGUUGCUGCAAAGAAGAAAUUGAAGAAACACAAAAAUAAAAUAGAAGCCAAGAAAAGAAAAAUUGAGUUCUUACGCCCUGGUUACAAGGCUAAGAAACACAAAAGCCAUGGAUUAAAAGACUUAGCAAUGGUAGAAUAAUAUACAGAUGGACUUAUGUUUGCAAUAGCAGUUGUAAUUCAUAAGCGUUAUCUUGUGGAUAACAUAGGGUAUUGUAGUUUAUACAACAGCCAUUGAAAGAUCUCAACUUCUACUUAUUCUGUGGUCCUGAGUGAAUGUUUCUCCUACAGGAUUUCAUUUUGGAAUCUCUCUCGCAGUUGUUUAAUUUUGGUUUAAACAUGCUUUCUGUCCCAUAAUUACCCUUGUUUUAUAAAUAGAAUAAUCCAUGGAUGUUCAUAGAGUGCUUUGGAUAUUUCACUUCAUAGAGUGUUAUAAAUAUAUUGGAGGCUUGUGGGCUAUUUUUGCAACUUUCUUUGCAACAGCAGCCUGAAAAACCACAGGAGACUCCUCCUUCUUCAAGAGUUCAAUGUGGUUUAUGCAAUUUAAGCAAGUCCCAGCAUAAUCACAUACUCACUGCACUGCUAUGCAACCUGUCAUGCUUUGAAAAGCGAUCUGUAUCCCAAUUAAACAAAGUGACAUUACAAUUAAACGACAUAAAUGGCAUUGGGAAGAACCGUCUCCCAGAGUUGUAUCCCAUUUAAGCAGAAAUCCUGAUUUUAUCAGUAUUCCUGAUUUUUUUUAGGUGGUGCCUACAGUACUUGAUUUGCCAUAACAGUAACCAGAUGCUUACUUAUUUAAUGUAAGCAAAUCAAUAAUUAAUGCACAGUUGAAUGUACUAAUAUACGUACAACCAGCAAUUGUUUUUCCUAUUUUUGUUUUUGUUAUAAAUAAACCUAUCUUGAUAUCUUU